GUUUUCGCGCUUGCAGAAGACAAAAAAACGUUUGAUAUCGAACAUGAAGUUCAGAAAAACGCUCAUAAGUUCGGCUUCGACCAGAAAAAUGUUGGCGAAAGCGCACAAAACAGUGAAUCCUUGGGGCACCGCUUUCAACCGAGGCAUCGGAGUGGUAACUUUGUACAUGCCGCUGACGCUUCUGGUUUUGGCCAUCGCAUAGAGUCAUCUGUGGGGACGGCUAUCAGCAGCAAUGUUGCCUCAAACAGUGGUUGGUUCUCCCUAUCGCAAAUGGCACAGAAAGUCGGUGCCUCGGUCGACUGCUUGAAGAUUUUCUUCGGACCCGUGUUGCUUUCUUGGACUGAUAAGUACCACGACCGCGAAAACGUCGGUGUGAAUAUCAUUUGUGACGAGCCAAUCUUAGAUGGCGGAAAGUGGAGCCAGGCUCUCUUUUACGAGGAAGCUGACCAGCAAGAUGCGGAGGAACUGGACCGACAGGUACUAGAGUCCGUUUCUCACGUCGGGGAUGAAAGCUACGUUCAAGGACGAUCACAGGCCGGCAGUUCCGGUAUGACUAGCAGUGGAGAUCCUGCGUCAGAAGUGUACGACCCGAAUGCAUCGUCUACUAUGGGAAAACGACCAGCACCUAGUAUAAUUCUGCGCCGGGCACCAGGGCAGCUCACUGACUUUCCGGCUGUUCAAAAUAGUCAUCCAUCGAUCUUGCCGCGCACCGCACAGGC